CUCCCGAGGAGGAGGAUGCUUCUCCAGACAGUUCCCCUCCCCAGCAUCUCUGGUUUCAUUCCCAGGGUACAGAACUGUUACACAGCAAAAUCCAGUGUUCACUGCUGCUACAUCAUGCUGCUAUUUCCUGCUGAAAUGGAUUCAGGCUGCCUGCUGUUACCCAGGAAGAUCAUGAAACGAGGUCGAUUUCCCAGCAGCAGUGAGGAUUCUGAUGACAAUGGGAGCUUGUCAACCUGGUCCCAGCAUUCUAGGUCUCAGCACCGGAGGAGUUCAUGUUCCAAGCACGAAGACAGAAAACCAUCAGAGGUGUUCAGAACUGACCUGAUCACUGCUAUGAAGCUACCUGAUUCUUACCAGCUAAACCCUGAUGAUUACUAUGUGUUGGCAGAUCCCUGGAGACAGGAAUGGGAGAAGGGUGUUCAGGUGCCAGUCAGUCCUGGGACAAUCCCAGAGCCCAGAGCCAGAGUGGUGUCAGAGACAAAAGCAGUCAUAUUUACAAGACCUCGGAAAUACAUUCUUUCCUCGGGUUCAGAGCCCCCUGAGCUUGGCUAUGUUGAUAUUCGAACUUUGGCUGAGAGUGUAUGUCGCUAUGACCUUAAUUACAUGGAUGUCGCAUGGUUGGAAAUGGCCAAUGAAGAAUUCAAAGAAAUGGGGAUGCCUGAACUGGAUGAAUACACCAUGGAGAGAAUCAUGGAAGAAUUUGAACAGCGAUGCUAUGACAACAUGAAUCAUGCCAUUGAGACUGAAGAGGGGCUUGGAAUCGAGUAUGAUGAGGAUGUGGUCUGUGAUGUUUGCCAGUCUCCAGAUGGUGAAGAUGGCAAUGAGAUGGUGUUCUGUGACAAAUGCAAUAUUUGUGUUCAUCAGGCUUGCUAUGGCAUUCUCAAGUCCCCAGAAGGCAGCUGUCUUUGCCGAACCUGUGCCCUUGUGUUUCAGCCAAAAUGUUUAUUGUGUCCCAGAAAGGCGGAAGCCAUGAAGCCAACUCGAAGUGGGACAAGUGGGUCCCUGUUAGUUUUGCUUCUGGAUUCCAGAGGAGCAAACAAGCCUGUCUGGGAGGAAGAGGAAGACACUCAGGCCAACAUUGCAUCUGAGUCCAUGCUGAGGCAGACCUGCUGGUUUUGUUCCAUUCCUCCCCACCCCUGGCCACAUAGGGAAAGAGUGAAUUUAGUGUCCAUACAGCAGUUGUCACUGUACAAAAAGAUUUCAGAGAGAGACAGAGUGAGCAUUGGCAGCCCAGAAAAAAUGGAACCAAUCACCAAGGUCUCCCAUAUUCCAAGCAGCAGAUGGGCCCUGGUGUGCAGUCUUUGCAAUGAGAAGAUUGGAGCAUCCAUACAGUGUUCGGUGAAAAAUUGCCGCACCGCCUUCCAUGUCACUUGUGCAUUUGAUCGUGGCUUGGAGAUGAAGACUAUUCUGGCUGACAACGAUGAAGUCAAGUUCAAGUCGUACUGCCCAAAGCACAGUUCUGCCAAGAAGCCAGAUGAAGGAAAUCUGAUUGAAUUCACUACCCAGGAAAAUGAGAAUGGGACACAAGACAGCUCUCCUUCUGUCCACAUAGAGCCCUUUGACAGCAUGGAUCAAAACCAGGAGGAGGCCCACAGGGUCAGUGUUCGCAAGCAGAAGCUUCAGCAAUUGGAGGACGAGUUCUAUGCUUUUGUGAAUGCUUCAGAGGUUGCUAAGGCCUUGCAGCUUCCAGAGGACUCUGUAGAAUUCCUUUAUCAGUAUUGGAAACUGAAGAGGAAAUCAAACUUCAACAAACCUUUGAUCACUCCAAAGAAAGAUGAAGAGGACAAUCUAGCCAAACGGGAGCAGGAUGUUCUGUUCAGGCGACUACAGCUUUUCACCCACCUCCGUCAGGAUUUGGAAAGGGUACGAAACCUCACUUACAUGGUGACCCGACGGGAAAAAAUUAAAAGAUCUGUAUGUAAAGUACAGGAACAGAUAUUCAAUCACUACACAAAUCUUGUGGAGCAUGAAAGAGUUUCAGGCAUGCCUUCAUCCUUUUCAUCUAUGGAAAACAUGGUUCUCUUUAACAGUUCACCCCUUGGCCCAGAUGCACCUAAGAUAGAGGAUCUGAAGUGGCAUUCAGCUUUUUUCAGAAAGCAAAUGGGCAUGUCAUUGAAUCACUCUAUGAAAAAAACACAGAAGAGGGAGCGAAUGAGGAGGAGUUCAGGGCAUAAUAACAAGCCCUUACUCAAGCAGCCCAGCCAAAGGGAAGGCCUUAUGACUCCUGGUAGCUUUUUCAACUUUGAAAACUCCUUUGAAGAAGCACAAAUUGGAUCAGCACAACAGAAGAAUGGGGUUGUUACAGCAGACCACAGGAAGAGGAGAGACAAUCAUUCCCAUUAUGAUGCGAUGAAAGUUGGACUGAAGGAAAAACCUCCCAAACACAACCACAAACCCCUGAGAUCUAAUGAACUGUCUCAGCGGCAGUUAGACAACAAAAGGGCCGUGAACCACCCGAGUGGCAGGUCAGCGCCCGGAACCCGGAGGGAUAUGGUGCCUAAAUGUAAUGGAUCCUUUUUCAAAAUAAACUACAAUCCAACUCCGGUUAAAGUGCCUACAACACCCAGAAGCCCUGUGAAAAACUGGGGAGGAUUCCGAAUUCCAAAGAAAGGGGAGAGACAGCAGCAGGGAGAGGGUCAGGAAGAGGCGUGCCGCCAAACCUCCAACUGCCCAUACUCGGGCCUGGGUCGGGUUUCCCCUAAAGACAGCGCAAAAAGUAACCUAAAGGUGGAUAGCGAGAACGACGGGUACGCCCCUGAUGCUGAGAUGAGUGAUUCAGAAACUGAGAUGGCAGAGAAGAAAUGCAGGCAGCAAAGGCUCGCUUCAAAUAGCACUAUUCCCAGAAGGACAGACAUUAUUAGGAGAAGCAUCCUUGCCUCCUGACUGCAAAGUGACACACAGUAGCAGCACUGCAAUCAGUGAAGCCCAGGCCUGGAAAAAAAAAUCCACUCUAUGUUAUUUAUUGGUGCGACAUGGAAGAUCUUUAGGUGUGGCUAGAAAAUCAGCCAGUGAUGAACCUGUUUUCCCUGGACUGUAGAAAGAUGUUUAUGUGCACUUGACCAAGAGUUUGCCCUCUGCCCAUUCUUACCUUUGUGAGGUUUGAAUAGUCUUUAUUUGCAAUUGUCACAAUUUAUCUGAGAAAAUGAUCUUGCUACUCCAAUUGAUCCAGUAGGCUUAACACUAAUUAAGAAUGAAAUAAAAAUUAAACACUUAAUGGAGUAGAUUUUGGUGUAGGGAGACCUGGUUUAGGUGGAUAGCACUGAGGAUGUUCCUCUCUGUCCCUGAAAAGCACAAGCUGUUAGCAUACGAUUAAGAAUUAAAUGUGGUAGUUAUAACCACCCUGCACUGCUUAACCCAUUAAAAUAGUCACUUUCACCAAGCUGUGCUAGGACUCAGUCCAAGUAGUCUGCAGUUUUUUGGUGUGGCAUUCAGGGAAGCUGAAAACUUUGAUAACCCCUGAAGAAUUGUCAUACAAAGCCCAUCAAGCAGAUAAGAAUUUACUAUGACUACUAGAUACCUGAAGUGAUAAAAGCAAGCUGCUCCUAGUAAAACAGACAUGAAUUCUAAAACAAUGACACCCACACACUGCUAUUCUGGAGGGGCCCAAAUGAUGAGUGGGUGAAAACUACCCAGCCCCCCAAAUUUGGAGGGUUCUGUGUCUUAAAAGAACUUUGUCUUGUUCUGAGAAAAUAGGUAGGUUCAUUCAGGUGCUGUACUUUGCUGGCACCAGACCUUCUGAAGUAUGAUGACAAUUCAAGUGGGAAAGACCAAGCAUAUCUACAUUGCAAAUAUAAAUGUUUCUGUCUUGGUGCUCUUCCUUUCUUCACUUCCCCACCCUGCCCACCAACCUGGGAACUGUAAUUCUGUAAUGAGUCAGAGAUCUUUUUUUCAACAAAAGUAUUCUUAGUAUACAGUAUCAAACUUGCAGAUUCCAGGCUUUCUUGGGAGACUUCAUGACAGGUUGAUGGGUUUGAAAUUUGCCAUGAGGAUAUGCCUACAUUUCUAAAGGCACUAGCCAAUAGCCUUUCCCAAUGUGCACUAAUGGAAUGUGUUGGGAUAUGCAAGUGUCUGACACACAGGGGUUAAUUUAAAUAUGAAAAGAAGGAUGUAAUAAAUAUAUAUGUCUAUUUUUUUGAAUAAAAUGGAAAGGCAAUAAGAUGUGAGAAGCGCUUUACAUUCAAGCCAAUUCAACAACUUGAUUUCAUGAUAUGGAUUAGAUUUGACAAGAAGGAGCUUGUGUUCUGAUUACAUUAUUUUUUUUAAAGAAAACUGCAAUAACGAGAGAGUAAGCCAUCAGCAAUAAUAAGAUGAACAGAUCUUUAAGAGUCUAUAUUUUGCACCCAGGAGAGUGCAUCUAUUACACACGUGAGCCUAAAUUUUAGGCUGCUGUAACUUUAGGGACUCAACUUGGAUAUAAAAACAGACAUAACCUAGUUGUAGAAAAGCUUAAGCAGGAGUAGGUUUUAAGAAAAAUAGCUCUCCUAAUUCAUCAGCAUCAGUAUUCAGUCACUUAUUAUAUUAUUGUUGUAGUCCCUUCUCUUAACAAAGAUAGGUGAAUUUAUAUCUAGAAAGAAAUGUUGAAACCUUGCAAUUUGACUCAAGUCUUCCAGGGGUUUCAGGUGAGAACUGGAUUGUUGCCAUUCCAUCUUGCUAUGCAAGUCACUGAAUGAUCAAGAACACAAGUUUGUUGGGGGAGAUUUAAAUAGUACAUUUUUUCCUGGGAUGCAAGCAGCCCUUAUUUUGAGUUGGAGAAAUGCAGUGUGGCAACCCAAGAAUCAUAGAUAUAAUUAGCAAUUCAUAUUUGGGAACUAGCCAUCAAAAUUCACCGCCAGUUGCUUUUGAACAAACAAAGCUUUGGGAUUGGUGAAAUCAACUUUAGUGCGCCCAUAAUUCCUCCCCCUUUGCUUUAAGCUUCUCUUUCAGUUUCUGUAUAGCAUCAGAAACCAUGGUUUGAAGUGGGUUUAUGAUUGUGGUUUUGAGGGAUUCAGCUUUAGGUUUGAUGAUUCAGAUGUCAGACUGAUUAGUGCAAAGCAGAAAACUGAAAGGGGACCUAGUUUAUGUAUGGCCUAAUAUAAAGUGUUUGUAAGAUGAUAAGGGGAUGAGAGAAUGUGCAGCUAACUAGCCUGUUCAGAAGUCCUUUAAUCUGAACCUUCACGAGUGUGUAAUAAAGUUACUCCAGUUGCUGUUUAUACCUUGGGGCUGUAGUGUAUGCACAGAGAUCUGUACAGACAAGGGCUGUUUCCCACCCCCCACCCCCAUUGUCAGGAAAAUUCUCCAAAACUGAAUAGCCCCUCCACUCCAUCCCCACUUCUCAAAGUGUAUUCUAAUUAUAGUAAUGCAUAGCCUUUGGUUCUGGAUUUAAAAAUCCCAAGCAGCUUCAGUUCUAAAUAUGAUUAACAUACUGACACUGUUUUAGGCUAGAAAUUAUUGAUAUGUGAGAGGUAGUUUUAUAAGGCUUUAUUGCUUCUGAUUAAACUACUUACAUUUUACGGGCUUGUUUUGGCCAGGUUUGCUGCUUUACAAGCAGACAUGUUCUUGUUAAAGGAAAAGAAGGAUGUGAUUAUUUCACUUUUCAGUAUAGGUUUUUCAGGUGAGGGUUGGAUGAAAUAUUGUUAGCCUGCCCUGUAGGGAGUUGUUCAUCAAGCCAUAGAAAGAGUAAAAUAAAUUUGAUUCUAAGUGAACAUUAUUCAUUGUUACAACCAAUUUUGAAAGAGGUAUCAGAUAACAUUUGCACUAUUAGGAAUGAUAGCAUUUGUGCAGAAAGAAUUGCCUUACCUGUUUUGCUCCCCACCAUGUUUAGGUUAAUAAGCUUUCUGAUAGUUUGAAUAAUGCUGAACCAAAAACGUGAAAAAGAAAGAGGAAAAAUGAGUAGUGCUUUCCCCUAUCUUCUGAUUGCAAAAGCAGGGAAAUCUAUCAGUAUGACUAGCUGUACGAGUUUCAUACCAUACUUAGCACUAAGUAAAUGAAGAGUUAUAAAUAAAGCCGCAAUCUUUACCUACUACUGUAUUCAUUUUGUUGAUAUGGAAACAGCUAAUAUUUCGUGUUAAGCUUCCCCUGUUUCUUAUGCAGACUGCCCAAGAAAUCCUUUGAUUAUAAUUGGUGCACUACAUUGAAAUGGAGGCUAAUAAAACACUUUUGUAAUGUUGAUUGGAAUGCUAUCUUGUUAGGAUCUGGAGACAGGCAGAAACACACAUACAUACACCAGUCUAUACCUGAAUGAAAUGUUAUACAUGUCUCAUAUGUACAAAUCUUAAUUAUUUUACAAAAAUUGGAAAAAAUCUGUCAUUACAUUUGUAAAACCUUGUACAGAGGAUUUUUCACUAUGUGCCUAGCUUUGGUGUCCAUUUUGCUCAAAUUUGAAAACAGGUGCAUGAUGACAAAACAGAUAGAAUCAGAAAUAAAGUAUAUGUAGAGAUGACUAUUUUAUAUUACAUGGCCCAAUCCUGUAUUUAUUUUCCUCCCCUUUUUGAAGUAUUUAUAAAGACCUAGUUGAAGAUUGCUGUAUUUUUUGUUAAAAUAUUUAGUAGAAUUGUGCCUUUGUCUGUAUGUGAAUAAAUGCUGUACAUUUUGCAAUACA